AUGCUAACUCAGUCUCAGGAACCCCGACAGUUUGUUCCACCCUCCGGACAAUCCUGGACCACUCUAGAGAAACUCCAAGCCUCGCACAAAAACCAGUUCAAACAAGACGACAAAGACAGCCGCAUCUGGUCAAUCUUCUCCACCCCACAAGUCGCCAUCGGACAGCGCGCAAUCUUCAUCCAGACCGAGGCCGGAAAUGUUCUCUGGGACUGCAUCAGUUUGCUUGACCAGGAGACCAUUGACUUCAUCAAUUCUCGGGGCGGUCUUGCUGCUAUUGCCAUUUCGCAUCCUCACUUUUACAGCACGCAUUUAGAGUGGGCGCGGGAAUUCGACUGUCCUGUGUAUCUUGCAUAUGAGGAUCAGGAGUGGCUGAACCAAGAAGAUACUGAAGGUCGGAGGAUCUUUGUCGAAGGUGAAAUCAAGACCAUUCUACCUGGUGUGAACAUGGUGAAGCUUGGGGGCCACUUCCCUGGAAGCUCAGUCCUUCAUUGGAAUGGCAAGAUUUUCACUGGUGACACCAUUGGUAUCUCUCUGUCAGGGCUUAAUCGUUCCCACCACAACAAGGACCAUCAAGUCUUUUUCUUUCACUAUGCUUUCCCCAACUUCAUUCCACUGGGCCUAACUGCGAUGCAUCUCAUGUGGAAAAGGCUUCGUGUCUGGGAUUUUACUUCGUUGUAUUCUCUGUUCUUCACCACUACCGUUCAUGAGCCCAAUGUUAAGCAGCUUGUUCUGGAGAGUACGAAGCGCCAGGCGUUGCACCAGGAGAACGAAGGGCAUCCUUUGCUCCAGGAAUAG